UUUACAUAUGCAAAUUGUCCCCUACCUACUUCAGCAACAAAGUACCAAAACCAGUGUCUCUAAGCACAGCACGAAUGACAAAACUGAAGCUGAAGGCGGGGAGCAGGCCACCAUGGGUUGGGUUGGCAGCUGCUGUAUGGGUUCAGAUAUCAGCAGGGAACGGCUCCAACUUCCCACUCUAUUCUUCUGCUCUCAAAUCAGUUUUGGGUUUCAACCAGCAACAGCUCACCUUCUUGGGAGUCGCAAAUGAUAUAGGAGAGAGUGUUGGGCUCCUUCCCGGUAUCGCCUGUAAUCGUUUCCCUCCUUGGACUGUGCUUCUUGUUGGGGUCUUCGCCUGUUUCUUGGGAUAUGGUGUUAUCUGGCUUGCUGUUACCCAAACUAUUCAUGGUCUUCCUUACUGGGCAUUAUGGAUCGCGCUUGUGGUUGGCUCUAAUAGUAAUGCAUGGUUUAGCACGGCAGUUCUGGUAACAAACAUGAGAAAUUUUCCCCUCAGUAGGGGUACUGUUUCUGGCAUCCUCAAGGGCUAUUCCGGGAUCAGUGCUGCUGUAUAUACCGUAUUGUACAGCUCACUGCUUGAACGAAGUGCUUCAAAACUACUGCUGUUCCUUACUCUUGGAAUUCCAGUUAUAUGUUUGGCCAUGAUGUACUUUAUUCGCCCUUGCACUCCUCCUUCCGGAGAAGACUCUUCGGUUCAUGUCCACUUUGUUUUUACCCAAGUUGCUAGUGUCUUGCUUGCCAUUUAUCUUAUCAUAAUAACAGUUAUAUAUGACAUAGUUUCUUUAAGUGAUGUUUUUUCUUAUUUACUACUUGCUAUCGUAUUUAUCUUCUUGCUUGCUCCUCUCGGAAUUCCAGUCAAGAUGACAAUUACUCGAGCAAAUGCAGACACACUUACACCCCUGGCAAGUUCAACAGAGAAUUUGGCCGAGGAAGAAGGCGGUCCAACUCACUCUGAUCCUUUGUUGUCACCAUCUUCAUCAGCCUCAAAUCUUGGAAGUUUCUUCGAAAGUGAAUACGCCUCGGAUGUGGAAACUCUUCUUGCCGUGGGAGAAGGGGCAGUGAAGAAGAAAAAAAGACCCAGGAGGGGGGAGGACUUCAAGCUUCAUGAAGCUUUUAUCAAGGCUGAUUUUUGGCUUCUUUGGGUUGUUUAUUUUCUUGGAGUUGGUUCUGGUGUUACUGUUACCAACAACUUGGCUCAAAUCGGAAUUGCAUUUGGCGUAGAUAAUGCAACAAUACUGCUCUCCCUUUUUAGCUUCUGCAAUUUCAUCGGUCGUCUUGGCUCGGGUGCUCUUUCAGAACACUUUUCCAGGACGAGAAGCAUUCCUCGAACAUUGUGGAUGGCCUGCACGCUAGUGGUUAUGGUUUUAGCAUUUGUUAUGUAUGCAUUAGCUUUCAGCGGUACCCUCUAUAUUUCAACUGCUUUGCUUGGCGUCUGCUUCGGAUUUCAAUAUUCUCUCAUGGUUCCAACGGCAUCUGAACUUUUCGGCUUGAAACAUUUUGGUAUCAUUUAUAACUUUAUGCUGAUAGGCAACCCUGUAGGUGCACUUCUUUUCUCGGGUCUGCUUGCCGGUUCUGUUUACGAUGCUGAAGCUGCUAAGCAGGGAAGUUCCACCUGCUUGGGACCUGAAUGCUUCCGUCUCACCUUCUUCGUUCUAGCCGGCAUCUGUUGUAUAGGCAGCAUCUUGGGCUUGUUUUUAACAAUUAGAAUACGACCAGUUUACCAGAUGCUAUACGCUUCCGGUUCUUUUCGUCUCCCGCAAGGUUCGGGCCACUGAAAAUCCGGGAACAAAAGUGGUGACAUGCCUGUUUUAUAUCGGUUUGAUCCACGAAUUAUGGGGUCUAAAGCAGUCCCUAACAUUAUCCUGUAGGUCCAUGAUCAUAUGUAGUGCAAAUUUGACUGCACUUCCUGAGCCUAACCCAAA